CCCGCGUGUCGUGGCCACAGCACAACCCUGCUUCUCUCCUCCGCCGCGAUCUGGGUGCAUCAGCCAUGCCGAGCAAACGCAGAACAGAGUCCAGCGCUGGUUCUGCUUCAGCCUCUGGCAAGUCUUCCAAGAAGUUCAAGAAGACGGAGGAGUUGGAGCGUGGGGCAGACGAACUGCUUCCUUCUUCAAAGACGCGUGUUAGUGCUGAUCAUCCUACUGGUAGAUUUCUCGGAGAACCAGUUCCCGACCAGGAAGCAAGGCAACGCUGGCCCCAUCGGUACCAGGGGAAGGGAAAGAAAAAGAGGCAAUCUGUUGGAUCAAAUGCAAACAAUCUUAUGUGUAGUGAUGUUGACGAGGAGAUUAUUCAAGCUCGACGACACUAUACACAAGCAGAAGUAGAUGAUUGUAUUGAUUACAAGCUUAAUGAUGAUGCUCAUGUGAAAGCUGAAGAUGGGAAGCUGAAUUAUAUUUGUAAGAUCGUUGAAAUGUUUGAAGCUGUUGAUGGCGCAUUGUACUUCACAGCACAAUGGUAUUAUAGGGCGGAAGACACUGUUAUCAAGAACCUUGGAUAUUUAAUAGAUCCAAAGCGAGUUUUCUUUUCAGAAAUUCGGGAUGAUAAUCCUCUUGAUUGUCUUGUUGAAAGGCUAAACAUUGCUAGAGUACCUCUAAAUAUGGAUUUGGAUGCCAAGAAGAAAUUAAUCCCACCCUGUGAUUAUUACUGUGAUACGCUGUAUCUUCUGCCAUACUCCACAUUCGUUAACUUGCCAUCAGAGAGUCGAGAAGCUGCUAGUGAGACAUCAUCAACCAUAUCUUCUGAGGUGGACGUAAAAGGAAGAUCUGUGCAUAACUCUAUGCUUGAAGAAGUUUCUCAAGUUGAAGAACAUAAAGAACAAGAGGUCAAAUUACUAGAUUUAUACUCAGGUUGUGGUGCAAUGUCAACUGGUUUGUGUCACGGUGGAAUUUUGUCUGGUUUGAACCUUGUAACUAAAUGGGCUGUGGACCUGAACAGAUAUGCUUCUCAGUGUCUGGAAAUGAACCAUCCUGAAACAGAGGUUAGAAACGAAAUGGCUGAAAAUUUCCUAUCAUUAUUGAAGGAGUGGGAGAAACUAUGUAAUUAUUUUUCUUUGAUCAAAAGCAAUGUACCUCAUCAAUACGAUGAUCUCUUUAGCGCAGCAGAAGAAGAAGAUGAUGAUACCGACAGUGAAGAAGAUGAAAGUGAUGAAGAAGGUGAAGUAUUUGAAGUUUCAAAAGUGCUUGCUAUAUGCUAUGGUGAUCCAAAUAACAAAAAAGAGCAGGGUUUGUACUUGAAGGUCAGCUGGAAGGGUUAUGAUUCUGACGAAGACACUUGGGAGCCAAUUGAGGGUCUAAGUAAUUGCAAGAAAACUAUAAAGGAAUUUGUCAUUGAAGGCUUCAACAAGAAGAUCUUACCUUUACCAGGAGAUGCUGAUGUGAUUUGUGGCGGACCCCCAUGCCAAGGCAUUAGUGGUUUUAACCGCUUCCGGAACAAAGAAAGCCCUUUGAGCGAUGAAAAAAAUAAGCAACUUGUUGUAUUCAUGGACAUUGUAGAAUACUUGAAGCCCAAGUUUGUAUUGAUGGAAAACGUCGUCGAUCUUGUGAAGUUUUCUAAUGGAUUUCUUGGGAGGUAUGCAUUGGGUCGGUUGCUUCAGAUGAACUAUCAAAGUCGCAUGGGAAUAAUGGCCGCUGGCGCCUACGGUCUCCCCCAGUUUCGCCUUCGUGUUUUUCUUUGGGGGGCCCGUCCUUCUGAGAAGCUUCCUCAGUUUCCACUUCCAACUCAUGAUGUUGUAGUAAGAGGCGUCAUUCCUUUAGAGUUUGAGACAAGUCUUGUUGGUCAUGACGCGGGAGCAGAUGUCCAGUUGCAGAAAAAGCUUUUGUUACAAGAUGCAAUCUCUGAUCUGCCUCCUGUUGAAAAUGAUGAAAGUCGUGAUGAGAUACCCUAUAGUAAACCUCCCCAGACAGAGUUUCAGCGGUUUAUUAGAUUAAACAGAAAUGAAAUGUUAGGUAUUCCAGAGAGUUCAAAAUCAAUAAAGAAGAUGAUAUAUGAUCAUCGUCCACUUGAAUUAAAUAACGACGAUUAUCAACGCGUGUGUCAGAUCCCCAAAAGAAAGGGUGCAAAUUUCAGGGACUUGCCUGGUGUACGUGUGCGAUCAGAUAACAGGGUUGAAUGGGACCCUGAUGUAGAACGUGUAUAUUUAGAAUCAGGAAAGCCACUGGUUCCAGAUUAUGCCAUGUCCUUUAUUAAUGGUUCUUCAUCCAAACCAUUUGCAAGAUUGUGGUGGGAUGAAACCAUACCAACUGUUGUGACAAGAGCAGAGCCACAUAAUCAAGCAAUUCUACACCCGGAACAAGACAGAGUGCUGACCGUUCGUGAAAAUGCAAGACUUCAAGGUUUCCCAGAUUACUAUCAACUCUACGGGCCUGUCAAAGAGAGGUACAUUCAAAUUGGUAAUGCAGUUGCAUUUCCGGUGGCACGAGCUCUUGGAUUUUCUUUAGGGCUUGCAUUUCAAGGAUCUGCGGGUGAUGAUCCUUUGUUUAAGUUGCCUGAUAAAUACCCCAAAAUGAAGGAAUCCGUUACUUCUGAAUCAUCAGAAGAUCAUGUUUAGAAGUAUUCACACAAUGAUUUCCCAUAAUUUGGGAAUUGAUUCAGAAAGAUUCAUUCUGAAUCAUCACAAAAUUAAAUGUUCUUCCCAUUCAUGGGGAUUUGAAAAUGAUCCUGUAAUUUAGUUCCUAAAUUUCUCAUUUGAAUAUGUGCUUCAAUAUGACCUAAUGUGUAAUUUAUUCAUCUUUCUUGUAUUGUUAAAAAUUUGUACUAGAAACAUUCUUUAUUGUCGAGUAGCGUUCAAUUUAUUAUUUCACUAGAA